AUGGAGGGCGCGGAAGGCGAUCUGUUCGAAUGGGAGGCGUUGUAUUUGCGGCUCCCAGCGCAGAAUGUGACUUGGAAUGCCACUGAUUGGGUGCCUGACAGCUGGAACGUGACAGCGCCUAACGCCACCUGGUGGGACGCCUCCGCGCCCUUCGAUUCACCCGCCGCCUUACUCCGUGCGGCAAUCAAGGCCGUCUUCCUUGGAUUAUUAAUUUUAGCAACGGUAAUCGGUAACGUAUUCGUCAUAGCAGCUAUCCUUCUGGAGAGACAUCUGCGAAGCGCAGCAAACCAAUUAAUUUUAUCGCUAGCGGUAGCGGACCUGUUGGUGGCAUGUCUCGUAAUGCCUUUGGGUGCAGUGUACGAAGUGGCACAACGUUGGACCCUAGGCCCAGAGCUCUGCGAUAUGUGGACAUCAGGAGAUGUGCUCUGCUGCACUGCUUCUAUCCUUCAUCUCGUAGCGAUUGCUCUAGAUAGAUAUUGGGCCGUUACUAAUAUUGACUACAUCCAUGCCCGAACGGUCCGACGCGUGGGCUUGAUGAUAGCAUGUGUCUGGAUUGCGAGCUUUCUCGUAUGCAUUGCACCGUUAUUGGGAUGGAAAGAUCCUGACUGGAAUCGACGCGUAUCCGAAGACUUGCGGUGUGUAGUGAGUCAAGACGUAGGUUAUCAGAUAUUCGCAACGGCAUCGUCAUUCUAUGUACCGGUACUUGUUGUUUUAAUUCUGUAUUGGAGGAUAUAUCAGACUGCAAGGAAAAGAAUACGCCGACGUCGUGGUGCUACGGCACGUGGUGGGGUCGGACCUCCGCCGGUUCCGGCCGGUGGGGCUUUGGUGGCAGCUGGUGGUAGUGGUGGCAUCGCGGCAGCGGUAGUUGCUGUAAUCGGGCGACCGCUACCAACAAUAUCGGAGACGACAACCACUGGUUUUACAAAUGUCUCUUCUAACAAUACAAGUCCGGAGAAGCAAUCUUGCGCAAACGGUUUAGAGGCGGACCCACCCACGACCGGUUACGGAGCUGUUGCCGCCGCCUAUUACCCAAGUUUGGUGCGCCGAAAACCAAAGGAGGCCGUUGAUUCGAAACGCGAACGGAAAGCAGCGAAGACAUUGGCAAUAAUCACCGGAGCAUUUGUAGCCUGUUGGCUCCCGUUUUUCGUACUAGCUAUUUUGGUUCCCACGUGUGAUUGUGAGGUUAGUCCGGUGUUGACAUCUUUGUCUUUGUGGCUGGGCUAUUUUAAUUCGACUUUGAACCCAGUGAUAUAUACAGUCUUUAGCCCUGAGUUCAGGCACGCGUUCCAGCGGCUGCUAUGCGGCCGCCGUACGCGUCGCCGCCGCCCACCCCCC